AGUUAAGAAUAAAGUUAAGCGAACUUUAAAGUGUCUCAUUGCAGUUGAUCGAAGAGUACUAGACAGCUGGUCGAAGGCGGAAAAAUUCAAAUCGCAUUUUUUUAAAGGGUGCGCGGCAAAAUUGUGUGUUUACAAAAAUUACGAACCUGAAAGCAGUCGAAAUGGAAAUGGACGGUUCUGCUACGGGUCUAUUUCUGAGUUACAAAGAUUUAGAAAUUCUUCUAAUUGUAUCACUGACUAUUAACUUCUGUGUUUUGUGGAGUGUAAUUUUACCAAAGCUGUGCCAUGCCGUGUUACGAGUUUCAAGCCGUUCGCUGAGAGGACAAGAAAUGGAGGAAAAUGCCAGCGAGAUUCCAGUUUGCUGCAGGAGAUUCUCUACCAAUCUUGUAUUUUGUGUGGCUCUUCCAGCAUGUGGAAUCGUUCUACUGACAAGUACAGACAUCCUUCAAAACCCUUUCUUUACAUUCGGAGGACCGUUUCGUCUCGUGUUUUCUAUCGCUCUGGGUCACUACGUGUUCAAAGCAGCGGAAGUCCUUACUUUCCGCAACGAAAUCUUCCAUUACAAACCCCUUCUGGUCCACCAUGUUGUUGCCAUGGCAACAUACGUCGUGAUUUUGAUCUUCGAGGAAAACACUCUUAUGGGAGUGGUCAUGCUGUGUGUCGAGGGGAGCCUGGUAUUCGCUGAGAGAGAAAAAGAACGCUUCCGUGGGGAGUUCAGUUUUGGACGGGAAUCGAUGUUGCGAAAGUGUGCUACGGCACUUGUGUUUGUGGUUGCUACUAUCAUCAAAGGAAUUGUGCCAAUUUCUAUGAUCAUCAUUGCGUUCUUAAUGGCGCUAAACGAACUUUUACGCAUGUCAUACAUCCCACUGGCUUUCUUCUUUCUAAGUCUGGUCUUCUUCGCCUCUGUAAACCUGUGGUUCUUCCGAGACGCGCUCACAGAAGUUUCCCGCCAAUUUACCAGGCUCCGUCGCCCUCCCGUGAUCAUUAUACCGAUACACAACAACCAGAAGCCCACACCGCCGACCACUGCCAUCAACAACGACGGGCUCAAGCAACUGCUUCUAUCCAAGGACGGCCUAGGGACCUGUGUUAAUGUGACAGAAAAUGCUCUCUGGGGAAAGGACGAGUUGAACUUAAGUCAAGAUGCACCUGCGAUCCUUCAAUCGGAGUCUUCAACACCAGAUGAGAUGAAAGGACAACUUUUUUUAUAAAUUGAAAGUGGAGAAGCUCACUGAGUCACAGCUGAUGAAUAUCUCUACAUCAGAAUGUCAGAUCAUUUGUAAAAAUUUCUUCCCUUAAAUUUUCCGUUUUAGUGGUCUAUGGAAGAAAAUUCGAAAUUGAACGUAGAUUUACGUUUUAAAAUGAGACAAUGAACAUUUUAAGAAAAUUUAUAGUUUUGUUGUUGUCUAGAAAAGUUCUGAAAUAGAAGUCUAAGGACAGGUGAGACUUCUUCUGUCUUAUUUACUUCAUAAUUUGCAUUGUUGAGUCACAGACGCCAAAGCUAUUUAUGGAAUGGUUCAUUUUAUUACUGAGUAGGGAAGGGGCCGGGGGCUGAGCAGUAACCGACUUAAAAACAUUCUCCACACGUUGAAGUGUUUGAAAAAAAAAAAAUUAAAAAAAAAAACCCCGAGCUAGGUGAGCCCUGAAAGGAAAAUUAUUGAUCUAAGCAGGAGAGAAAGUUCUUGCUGAAGACUUUAAACAAAAUAUUCGAAGACAUAAAAGUACUUUUUCCGCACUCAGAUGUAAACAUAAAUCACUUUUUCAAAACUUGAAAGUUUUUUUGAGUUUGAUAAGCCGCGGGCAUAACGAUGGCUUUGGAAGUUAUUGUUGUUAUCAACAUAAAUUGUAAAAUGAUAUAAUUUAUUAAGUAACAAAUUUCUAUAAAAGAAAAAGGAUCUAGAGAUAGCUGUGGAAAAAAAUUCCACGCAUUGAUAUCAUUUUUAUGCAGUUAGAUUUCCAAUCGACAAAUUGUAUGUCACAGCUUUGUGAAUAUAAUUUAUUUAAACUGAA